AUGAAGCCAGUUAACAACAAACACCAUCCUCAGCCACAGGGACUGGCUGGAGGGCGAAGAAAGUAUCGGAAAUAUACGUGUGAUCAAGACAUGUCGUGCACCAUGAUUCCGAGCAGUCCGAUAUCUACGAGGUAUAGAGGAGAACACGACGAUACGAUCAUCUCUUCCGAGUCAUCUGCAAACUCCACGCUUUUCUCACUCUCAACAUGUACCUCACUCGGUAAUGAGGUUGAUCUCGGAGAUGACGGCAAAGAAGACGUACCGAGCAACAGACACGGUUCUAUAUCGAUGUUGAACUCACAAUUAUUGAACGCACAAAGCGCCCAUUUGAACCCAUCACGCCAAAAUAUUGCACACAAAGACUACACACCGAGUCAUACUCGCACUCUGGGAAACGUGGUGGAUGAUGCAGAAUUCAUAGGGAGCAACGUUAUCCGAAGCUCAUGCACCAAUACCACUAACCUCAGAGCCUUUGGCAAACGACAUCACCGGUUCAAAGAGAAGUUGGAGAAUAUCGAUUUUGCGCUCCGCAGAGAUGAAAACAGAUUGAAGCACGAACUUUCCAAAGAAGCCACGAUUAAUCAUAAUAGGAUCGUAGACACAUUGAUGGAAGAUACAGACUAUGACGCUGAUUACGAUGACGACAUUAUACAGGAGGAGUUAAACGAGAUAAUUGACUACGAGCAAAUGGAGUUGGAAGAGCGGUUUCAAGAGCUCAGUAUCACCAAAUUUUGA